CACAGCUGAUGCAAUAUGGCGCACAAAAAGGAAAUCUUUUUGUGGCCAAUUAAACUUCGAACAAUAUCUUUCAUAACUGUAUAGAAAUCUUGUUAUGUCGACAUUCAUCAUAUUAUACAUUUAAUUUACUUACUGAAGAUAUAAGAUAUGGAUCCUCAUCACCACGGAAUAGAAAGCGAUAUGUCAAAUUCGUUGCCACCAGAGGUUGAAGAAGGAAACAUUGAAUACAAGCUAAAAUUAGUAAAUCCUACUGAAUCACGUUUGGAGCAUUUAAUAACUCAGAUGAAAUGGAGGUUAGAGGAAGGAGAAGGAGAGGCUAUAUAUGAGAUUGGUGUGGAAGAUAAUGGAUUGUUAGCUGGAUUGACCAAACCAGAUUUAGAUAAGUCAAUGGAGACCUUACAAACCAUGGCAUUAAGGUUAGGUGCUUCAACUUCAAUAUUGAGAGAAAGGACAAUAGAAGCAGAAGGGGGAGAUAAUCCAAGGCAUGCUUUAGAAAUUUUAGUCAGAAAAGUUCCAGAAGACCAGCAGUUUAUUGAUUUGAGACUAGCAGUUCUUGGAAAUGUAGAUGCUGGAAAGAGUACUUUGCUUGGAGUAUUAACUCAGGGAGAAUUGGACAAUGGAAGAGGGAGAGCAAGAUUAAAUCUGUUCCGUCAUUUACAUGAAAUACAGUCUGGAAGGACAUCCAGUAUAAGUCAUGAGAUUCUAGGAUUUAAUGGAAAAGGGGAGAUUAUAAACUACAGUGAGUCAAGGACAGUGGAAGAAAUUUGUGAAAACUCAACCAAACUUAUUACAUUGAUAGACUUAGCUGGACAUCAUAAAUAUCUCAAAACCACCAUCUUUGGAUUGACUGGUUAUGCUCCAGAUUUUGCCAUGCUUGUUGUUAGUGCAAACACUGGGCUAGCUGGUACAACCAAAGAACACUUAGGAUUUACAUUAGCUUUAAAAGUGCCAGUAUUUGUAGUCGUAACUAAAAUAGACAAAUGUAGAAGAUUUGUGUUAGAAAGGACAGUCAGUCAACUGGAAAAAAUAUUGAAAUCUCCUGGUUGUAAAAAAGUUCCUUUAAGGAUUAAAUCAGAAGAUGACGCUAUUACUGCUGCUACUAAUUUUGAUUCUGACACAAUCACUCCAAUAUUUACAGUUUCCAGUGUAACUGGUAAACACUUAGAUCUGCUGACUAAAUUCCUCAACGUUCUCCCACCUAUGAAAAAUGUCAAAGAAAGAGAAAAAUUAAAACAGCAUCAUACAGAAUAUCAGAUUGACUGUUUAUUCUCAGUACCAGGGGUUGGAACUGUUGUUGGUGGUACUAUACACAGGGGUUCCAUAAAAGAAGGGGAAGCUUUACAAUUAGGACCAUUAGAAGAUGGAUCAUUUACCAAAGUUCAUGUGAAAUCUGUAUAUAGAAAUCGACUCCCUUGCCGCUUGAUACAGGCAGGACAAACAGCAACUGUUGCUUUGAACAAUGUUAAAAGAGAAGACCUCAGGAAGGGUAUGGUACUAUUAAGUCCUGAAGUACAGCCAUCAGUAUGUUACCAGUUUCAGGCUGAUGUUUUCUUAUUAUUCCAUACAAACCAAAUAACUACAGGAUUUGAGACAACAUUAUACGUUGGAAGUGUUUGUCAGAUCUGCAGAAUAGAAAAGAUAUAUCAAAAGGAUUCUAUAAGGACAAGUGAGAAAGCGCAAGUCCUAUUUAAAUUUAUAAAACAGCCAGAACAUAUAACCGUAGGAUCACGGCUCUUGUUUAGACAAGGUGUAACCAAGGGAAUGGGAGAAGUUAUCAAGAUAUACUCUAUACUAGACGAUAAUUCUAACACCUCCAGUGACGAGACAGAGAAUGGAAUGUUUGUGGAUGCACAGAACAGUUAAUGUUAAAUAUGUUUAGAAUAUAAAAUUAUGAUAGACAAUGUACUUAGGUAUAUCAACUUAAUGAGUUUUAUUUAAGAUUUUUAUGUGAUAACCUUGUAAGCUGUUUUGCUAGGGGAAAUCUCUUUUAAUAGGUUUCAGAAAAUCUAAAUUUUGUUAAAGGGAAAUAAAACUGGCUCUGUUUCAUGGAAUAAAUAUUUGUAUGUUCCAGCAAAUAUUGAUGUUGUGAAAUACUGUUUAUAUUUUCUUGUCGGAAAAUUGAUUCCCUCUUAACAUUUGAAAUUUUUUGGUAUUGGUUGUACUUGGUGUUAUAUUUUUUUUUUUUUUAAGUAUACAUUUUUAUUUAGGUGCAUCUCGUUAAUAUUUGCUGUGAUAUAAUUUUUUUGGUUUAAACUUUUUAGUCUGUAAAUUGAUAUUUUUUUCAUUUUAUCACUUGAGGUUAUAUAUAAUAGAUGAAUAAGAAUUUGUUGAUUUUUUUUAUCAAUUUGACAAAUUGUCUUUCAGUAUUACUAAUUGUGUGUUAGUAAACAGGUCGAACAAAACAACAACUACAUCGAUGUAUUAUAUUACUUCUUAUAUGUUCUAAUUGUACUGUAUUCCAAUUAAAUUUAUGUAGUUUUUUUAGUUUUGACCUUGUUCACUAACACAUAAUUAGUAAUACCAAAGAAAAUUUGUCAAAUUGAUAAUUGGUGGAUUAGCUGUAAGUAAAUGAUGACAGUAGUAGAUAUGUAUGUAUGUAAUUUUUGUGCUUGACUUGAACAUUAUCUAGUCUAGUAGAAGUUAAUCUUUCUUAGAAUAGUUUGUCUUUUAAUAUACCUAUAUUUUGUAAAACAAUAUUUUUCCAUCUGUCUAAUGAGAUAUUCAUUAAAGGCAGUGUUAAUUUUUUUUUUCUUUAAUAUUUUAAGGAAAAGUAAUAAUUCGCCUGUAUAACUUAAACUAUGGAAAGUUUAAUGACGUUUAGACCAUAACUGAAUUUUUUUAGUGUAGGAGAGUUAAAAGUUUGCUUUAUACUUGCAAUCAUAAUGUGUUUUUUUCUGAUUUAAGAACACUGAAAAUUGCACUUAUUUCAGUUGUCUUAAGUUGAUUAGUUUGAUUUGUUGUAACUAUUUCCUUUAUAAUUGUAUGUACUUAUGUUUUUAGAUUGGUUACAACUAUUUUCAAUUGUCAGCAGUCUAAUUAUUAGAUAAGUUGUUUUUAGAUUGGUUACAACUAUUUUCAAUUGUCAGCAGUCUAGUUAUUAGAUUAGUUGCCUAAAAUUAACUAGUUAUUGUCCAUUUUCCCAUUGUUGACAAAUUUUUGCAAAGGGAAACAACAGCUAGGUAGGACAAACUGUUUCCCUGCCUUUUCAAAUGUUAUGGAAAGAGCAUGUUUUGAUGGCUUUGAUGUACAUAAUUUUUUUUUUAAUUUUAAUUGCAUAAUCCCAUAUUUUGCAAUCCCAUUUUUACCAUAAAUUUGUAAUGUUUUUAUGAAGUGAAAAUGAUUGUCAGAUCCUACACAUUACACCAUGCUGGUUCCACUUGCUUUUUGAUAGACAGGGAUACAGUUUGGUACACUGCAAAUUUUGAUCUCAAUAUGUAUGAAUGAAAAUAAGAGUGCAGAAAUGACUGAUUUUGUUAAGACUUUAGAAAAUUGGAUUUGAAAGACUUUGCAAUGUUCACAUUGCUUGUUGACCUGUAAAAUUUGAUCUCUCUUUGACAUUUUCUUUUAGAAAAGUUAUAUUUUGAGUUCAAACUUGCAAGGGCAGCUUAAAACUUUGUAGACAUAAUAAAGAAAUACUUCACUAUUUGGAGAUACUUAUACUGAACUUUCACAAGGAUUUUUUAUUAAAACAAGUAAAAUAAAAUUUAUUUUCUCUGUUACAUUGAGCUAUAUUUCUCAAUCAUAUCUGCAAAGGCCAUGAAUAAAACACAAAUUGAGUAACAAAAGUUGUGAGUUUAAAAGGAUUGGAGAUGAACAAUGAGAGAAUGAAUAUUUUUUUAUGUUAAAAACAUAAAUCUUGAUAAUAAACCAAAAUGUGUGUAGGCGAGUUCUAUAAACACAAAAUGUGUGUUGUUGAGUUCUGCUUGUUUGUUUGAUCAUGUAAACUGUGUAUUGAAUAUAACACAAAAAAAUGAUAUAAAUGGCAUUUGUGUAUAUACGUACAUGUACAGAGUUUUGUAAGCUAUCAUUGCAUAUAUUUGUUUUAAAAACUUUGACUUAAACCAUAGUUAUAUUUCAUAUUAAAUUUUAAUUAAUCACUGUUGCAGUUGGAUUAGUAUACUGUGGAUUCAGUGCCAUUCCUCAUACACUAAUUAUAUUUGCCACUGGACGUUAAGCAACUAACAAUAAUUCAAUCAUACACUAAUUUUCAAGAGCAAAUGAGAACAAUGAAUUUAAGUGUUCAAUAAAAUACAAAAUUUCUCUCAACUUAAUGAAGGAUUUGUCAAACUAUGUAUCCCCUAAAAUAAAUGAAUCCACAGUAUUAUGUGGUCAAAUGCAGAUUUUUGUGUAUAAAAGAUCUAUUUAAUUGAGCAUUCUUCAUAUCCACUUAGAUUUUCUUAGAUUUUUCAGUGGUUAACAAUUGUUUUGAAAAAAAGUUUUAUUUAUGGUAACCGUGCCAAAGCAAGACAGAUUUCAGUGUGUAUAGCUUUAUAAAUUUUUAUGCAAUGAUUCAUUUACCUAUCUCAUAUUUUGAUUUGAUUUAUUUUAAUUUUGAUGUACACACAUUCAGCUGUAAAAUGCUUUGUUUUGCAUUAAACCAGUCUAAAGGACUAAACAAAAAACCAUAUAAUUUUCUUAAUAUUAUUUAUUGUAUAUGAAACUUCUUAGUUCUGUAAUUAAACAUUUAAAAUGUUAGAAUUUACCAAAAAAUAUUCAAUGUGUUUUCCCUCAAAUUUUCAUGUGUGGAUACAAAACAUUUAAUUUAUGAUUAAUUUAUUUGAUGUGCCUUACUUUCAACAUGUUAUUUUUUUUUAUUAUAUUUUUCUCUGCAACGAGAAAAUACAAAUUAUGUUUGGCAUUAACUGUGUUCUAGAAUAGCAUAUUUUCAAUUAAUUUUUAGCUUGUUUUAUUUUAAUUUGACCAUUUAAGUUUGAUCUUUGUUGAAGUAAACUUGUUAAGAGUGAUUAAA